CGGCUCGGUGGAGUCACGGUGUCUGAUCGGGAUUAUGCGGCGGCGCUGAUCGGUGUACAGGCUGAAGCUCCGUCUCCUCAGCAGCUGUGACGUCGCCUCAGACUCCAGGUGUUAGUCUGCACCCGGCCCGUAUGCAGCUCGUCCAGGGCCCGGCCUAAUUCCUGGUGCUCCUCCUCCUCUUCCUCCUCCCUCCUUUCCCUACCCUUCCCCUCCCCCUCCUUCCCUGCCCCCUCCCUCCAUCCUCACCGCCCCCCCCACCCCCGGUGUUUGGCCCCGGGCGGUGGCCCCCCUACAGGUGGAUGAAUGAAGACCCCAUUCAAGAGCCCAUCGGCCCCGCGGCCCCGACCGGACGGGGGUCAUUCAGGCGUCGCUGCAAACAUGAUGAAGAAGAAGAAUUCACACAAGAAGCAGAGGACCAGUGUUGGCCCCAGUAAACCUCUGGCUCAGCCCAGGAGGAACAUCGUGGGCUGCAGGAUCCAGCACAUCUGGAAGGAAGGCAGUAAGUCGUCCCAGUGGAAGGGGACGGUCCUGGACCAGGUUCCAGUCAACCCGUCUCUCUACCUGAUCAAAUACGACGGCUUCGACUGCAUCUACGGCCUGGAGCUGUACAGUGAUGAGCGGGUGGUGGGGCUGGAGGUGCUGCCUGACAGAGUGGCUCCGGCCCGUGUGAGCGACUCCCUGCUGGCGGACACCAUGAUCGGUAAAGCGGUGGAGCACAUGUUUGAGACGGAGGAGGGUCCUAAGGAGGAGUGGAGGGGGAUGGUGCUGGCCCGAGCCCCCAUCAUGACCGCCUGGUUCUACAUCACCUACGAGAAGGACCCGGUGCUCUACAUGUACCAGCUGCUGGACGACUACAAGGAGGGAGACCUGCGCAUCAUGCCCGACUCCAGUGAGACUCCGCCCCCCCCCAACCAUGACACCGUAGCAGCGGAGCGUGAGCCCGGUGAGGUGGUGGACAGCCUGGUGGGUAAACAGGUGGAGUACGCCAAAGAGGACGGAGGGAAGCGUUCUGGGAUGGUGAUCCACCAGGUGGAGGCCAAACCCUCCGUCUACUUCAUCAAGUUCGACGACGACUUUCACAUCUACGUCUACGACCUGGUGAAGACUUCCUAAGAGCAGGACGAAGGACAGACUUACCGACACCUGCCUAAACCCACUAAACCCCCCCCACCCUGAUCCCACCUGAUCCUACCUGCCCCCCCCCCCCCCCCCCCCCCCCCCAUGAAGAAGAACGAGGGUUGAAAUCAUCCUGCAGUCUGAGACGUUCUUUCCUCUUUUUCUUUUUUAUGAAACGCCUUCAGAACGUAAACUAGAAACCAGCGAGCAGGUUUACCCCAACGUUACUGUGUGUGUGUGUGUGUGUGUGUGUGUGUGUGUGUGUGUGUGUGUGUGUGUGUGUCUCUCUCUCUGUGUGUGUGUGUGUGUCUCUCUGUGUGUGUGUGUGUGUCUCUCUCUGUGUGUGUGUGUGUCUCUCUCUCUGUGUGUGUGUGUGUCUCUCUCUCUGUGUCUGUGUGUGUGUGUGUGUGUGUGUGUGUGUGUGUGUCUCUCUCUCUGUGUGUGUGUGUGUGUGUGUGUGUGUGUGUGUCUUCUUCCUUUUUCCGUUAUGAAGCCUUAAGAACGUUUAAACUCGUAUCUAAAAACCAGUGAGCAGGUUUUCUCCAGACUGCAGGAUUCAAACUAAACCUGCGUUGAUUUUACCCCCCCCCCCUCAACCUGCCCCCCACCCUCCCCUCCUCUCCUGAGACCCCCGCCGGACCGCCUGCACCAUGAUGAUGAUGAUGAUGAGGAGGAGGAAGGUGGGGGGGGGGCAGGUCUGAGUCUGAGCCGGGGUCAAUGAAGGGACGCUGACGUUUUUACAGGCGUAACGUGACUAUUCUGCUUCCUGAGGAACUGUCCAAUCAGAGCAGAGCGCCCCCCCCCCCCCCCCGAACUGAAACGACUCUUAUUACUUUACACUUUUUUGCAUUUUUGUCUUUUUAUGUAAACGCUUUAUUUUACAUAAGUCACCUCCUCAGUUUUAUACUAAUUUCCUUUAAACAUGUUCAGAUAUUUAAAUGUUAAUUUUUUUUAAACAUUAUAUUUUAGUUUAGUUUUUAAUUUGCAAAUAUAAUUAAAAUUCUUUCUAAAUGAAACUCUGACGGUUAUUAAACUGAUAGAAAUACUCAGCUUUCACUAGUUUCAUGUGUCAGAUGAUAUUUUAGCGUAUUAAGUUGUUUUCUGUCAACGUUUUAUUUUACUUUCCUGCUUUUUAAGAAAAAAAAAGUUUGUUUUUAUUUUUUUUUAUAAUUUCCUAAAAUUAGUUGCUGUGUAACUGUUAGGACUUCAGUUGGUAGAAUAAUGGAAAUGUGCUCAUUAUAGAGUUUAAACUAAUAUGCUGAUCUGUAGUUUGAUGCUUAAAACUCAAAGAAAAACGGAGUAUUUCAAAGUUUAAGAGUUUAAAUUAAGAUUUAUUUAUUUUGCAAAUUAAAACUACAUAAUGAUAAAACUUAGCAGCUAAACAUAUUUAACACUUUUAUUCAGUUUUCUUUAAUAAUCGACCCCCUCUCUGUUAAACUAACCGUUAAAUAUCUGUUAAUUAUUCAGGAAAUUAGUAUAAAAGUGGAGGAUCUGUAAAAUAAAAGGUCUUUUCUUGUUAUUGUUUAUUCCUACAUUACCCAGAAGGCCUUGUUUUUUUUAGUUUUUACAUCAGUAGCUCAGUGUGUCACAUUGUUGGUGUGUGUUUGUCCGUUAGUGUCGAGCUAGCACUCGUGGUUGCUGCCCAGAUCCAGUGUGUGGUAGAGACGCUAACCGUCAGCUGAUCAGCUGAUAACGAGUUUCCAUCUCAGUCGAAAAAAAGUUUGAGACGUUUUUUAUUUUUUUUAAGUUUAAAAGUGUAAAAACAUUCCCGGUUCCUGCUGCUCUGUUCAAUAUAAACACAAUAUGAUGACAUCACAGAUUUACAGCUGCAGUGAUUGACUGACACACACACACACACACACACAUAUAUACACACACACAUAUA